AUUCGUGUUAUUAGAUUUCAAGCGGGCGCGGUCAGAGCUGAAGAAGCGGUCGACUGAUACGAUGCGGCUCCAGAAGAAGGCGCGGAAGAACGGGAAGACAAGCGAGCUUCAGCGGGCGCUGCUGGACUUCAACGAGAGGCGCCACACGCUCGAGGAGGCAGAGAAGAAAGCCGUCCGCGCGGCGCUCGUCGAGGAGAGAAGUAGAUUUUGCCUCUUCGUUGCCUUCCUCAAACCCGUUGUCGAUGAGGAAGUUGCAAUGCUGUCAGAAUUGUCACAUUUGCAGGAGGUUGUCGAUCAACUUGAAAAACAUACAGCUGACCCUUAUGCACUGCCACCAGCAAGUGAAGAGGUAAGAGUAGUGUAAUACAUAUUCCAGCAAGGAACAUGUCUUCACAGGAAAACUAAGUGCAAAUACGUUGUUUUCAAAAUUAGAAAUAGUAGUCCCUUCAGGCAAAAUAUAGUCCCAUUAUUUUACUUCCUGAAGAAGAAAAUAAUUGAAUGAGACAUUGACUUUGAAAAAUUACCUUUCAUCUCAUAUAGAGGUGACUCAUGACACAUUGACUCCAAUACAAUGUGUUGAUUAGGCGCGUCGUUGGCUCAUAUGUACCAACCUCAUUAGUUUUCAUUUACAGAGAUUUUCAUACAGGCAAGCAGCACAUGAAGGGAAUUCACGAACAACAAAGUGAGGUCAACUGCGCACCUCGACAAAACCGUCUAUUGUGAACGUAGAAACCCAUUUAAACGAGUUUUAGUUUUUUGAUCUGUCUCAAGCAAAAACUUAUCAGACUCUCGAAAAACAGUAGGUAUUAAAACACCGAUAUCUUUGUGGUUAGUCGAAAAAGCUCAAACUUUCAUAAUUAUUAAUAGUUAAAGAGAUAUAACACUAAACUGCAAUUUUAGAAUUGAUUAAUCCCCCCUUAUCUUAAUAAAUAAAGUGCCUGCUAAAAGGGUUAAAUUGUAAAUUUAAGGACCACAAAAUCUUGAGUCAUACAAAAGCUCCUCCUGAUGAGGAGAGUCAGAGCGAUGCUGAGCCCCGAUGCUUGGCAACAACCUCUUUUCACCCGCUAUCACCCAGAGUCGCCACCCUUUUUUUUUACCCGGUGGUCAUUCACUCCCAAUGCAUGUAAUCUACUGUACUGUACGGGGUUAGGGUACUUACGACAACGGGUUUGAGGAAGGCAACGAAGAGGCAAAAUCUACUUCUCUCCUCGACGAGCGCCGCGCGGACGGCUUUCUUCUCUGCCUCCUCGAGCGUGUGGCGCCUCUCGUUGAAGUCCAGCAGCGCCCGCUGAAGCUCGCUUGUCUUCCCGUUCUUCCGCGCCUUCUUCUGGAGCCGCAUCGUAUCAGUCGACCGCUUCUUCAGCUCCGACCGCGCUCGCUUGAAAUCUAAUAACACGAAUA